AUGGGCUCUAAAGUGUCUGGACCAACCAGCCCCGAUGAGGAGUUGGAGCUGUGCCUCCUGAGCGCGAAGCCGGCUUGGAGUUUAAACCCUGACCUCCCCAACGACGAUGGGCAGACGCCCCUAUUCAUGGCAGCCAUCACGGGGCAGAGCCAAGCGGUGGAGCAGCUGCUGCAUUGUGGGGCCGACCCCAACCGCCGAAGUGAGGACGGGGCGACGCCGAUGCACGCGGCGGCCUUCUCGGGCUGCGUGCCGCUGCUCCUGGCCAUGCUGGGCGCCGGCGGGGACCUGCGGCUGCACGACCGCGGCGGGCGCUCGCCAGCGGACUGGGCCGCGGAGGCGGGGCCUCGCAACCAGAGCGUGAGUCCUGGAGCUGCUGGGUCACUGCUGGAGCGAGAUGCUGCGGCUGGGGAGCCACGCCACCGGGCGGACGUGCCAGAGCGGAGCGCCGCAGUCGCCGCGGCACGCCGCUCUCGCCAAUCCUGCGCGGGCAUUCAGGAGCUGGUCAGUGGUCACCGAGUGGCAAUUUAUCGCAGGGGACAGGAGGAGGAGCAGCAGCUGGGAGCCUUGGACGCACGGAGCCGCUCAUGCCUCCGUCUUGAAAACCUCGGCUAUGGGAUGGUUUGCACGGGACCCAGGGGAAGCCUGGGGUACGCGGCGUUCCUUCCCAUAAUCCCCCAAAACGAGCUGUACCACAACGAGAACGACCGGCACGUGUCCUACGCCAACGGGCCUCACACGCUCAUGACGAGUUUGGUGUGGAGUGGGACCAAGGUGACCGUCCGGGACGUCCGGCCCGAGGGAGAGAAAGGCAGGGCGAGGCGUCUGGCGGACCUGCUCGUGGCUGAGCAGGAGGCCUACAGGGGCCUGCGCUGUCCUGAGCUGCUGCUGCUCAUGGGAGUCAGCCUCGUGGAUGGACUUCGUUCGCCGAGACUCGUGUUCGAGCGAGUCCGCCUGGGAUCCCUCUACUCCGUGCUGCAUGAGAGGAAGCUGGACUUCCCCGUGCUGUGCCACGAGACGAUCCUGCGGCUGCUGCUGCAGGUGUGCACGGCGCUUCGGUUCCUGCACAAUCGCGGGGUGCUGCACGCCGGGCUGUCCUCGCACGCCGUGCAUCUCGUCUCGCCCGACACCGCGAAGCUCUCCGGCCUCGAGUACGCCAUGCCCAGCGGGCCCGGGGACCGGGCGCGGCCCGAACGGCUCCUGCCGCCCGCGCUGCACCGCUGGCUGCCGCUGGAGGUGCUCGAGGGCAGGAACAUCAGCGCCAAGUCCGACGUCUACAGCUACUGCACCAUCGUCUACGAGAUAUUUUCAGACAGCCUGCCCUGGGCCGAGAUCGACGAUCCAUUUGUGAAGAAGCUCCUGGUGUCGGGGCAGCAGAUGCCUGUGGAGCGGUCCUUGCCGGAACCGUGGCUGGACGUGGUGCGCGCGGGGACGGUCGUGGCCGCCCGGGAGCGCUCUCUCACCCUGAGCGACGUCCACUUCACCCUGCGCCAGGACUUGGCGGAGUGGCACCGCACGCGGCCACCGCCCGCGUCCCGCCGCUCUCCGCUCAGCUUGCGUCCGCUCGUCGAUGCCCCGCCAGCCGCCGUCUCUCCGUCUGAGGGCGGCUCGCCAACUCUCACCCGGCCUCUCGCCACCGCUUAUCGGAGCGACACGGACGUGGGGAUCGCAGCACGCGACGUCACGGACGCCCCGGACCCAACGAAGCAAGCCCGUCAUGCCGCUCUUCGGUCUGCUUCAGCCGGGCAAGCGGCCGAGCUGGGGUCAGCGUCCAAGCCUGGCCGACGCGGAGCGAGGGAUGUGCGCGUGGAGCCGGGCAGCCAGAAGGGACGACCGGCGCCCAAGCGGUCCGACGGAACCAGGGAGAAGCCGGGGCGAGAUCCGGAGGGAACGCGCGUUGGACGCGAGGCAGGCGAGGGCCGCCGGAAUUACCACGCGUACAACGUGCCGCGUGGCGUGGCGUUUGAAGUGAGCUUCGAGUCCAGCUCUUCGCAGGUGGAAGAUUCACCGAAAGAGGAGGCAAGUCUUCGGCAGACGUGGUCACACGCCGACGCAAGAGGCGGCCACGUGGAAAUCCGUUCCGUGCGCAGAAACACGGUGAGCCGCCCUGAGGUGAGCUCGGAAGCAGAAGACGGGUUUCAGUGGACAGCGGCCCAGCGGGGCUGCCCCUACGACGACGAGGAGGACGAUGAUGCUGGAGAGAUCAGGGAGCGUCCGUUCGGAGGGCGCAGGAGUGACGUACGCGAUACCACGAGACUUGUGCCGCACGCGCUCGGCACCACCACCACGAUGUUGGAGCGCCGCUUCGAAGCCGGCAUCGGUACGCUGCGGGGAUUGGUGACCCACGACGGCCGUCACGACACCCAUGCGGCCGAGCAACGCCACAACACAGAGCCGGAGUGCGAGGGUAAGGCGGAUGAAGGGAUCCGCCAGAGGGCUGCCGGAAUGAAACCGAGGCAACGUCAAUUUGGAGACACGAGCGGAAGGAAAUCAUUUUCCGCUGCAGAAAUUCACGCAAGCGGACCGAGAAGUUCGGCGGAGCCCAGCCAUCAGGCCACUGGCAAUGCUCCGGCUGAUUUCGACGAGGUCGACCGUGCUGUGAUCGGGCACAACGAGACGUCAUGGAGAGCGGGAGCGCAGGUCGCAGGGAAGGUGGAGAGGAAGGGCGACCGUGGUAAGAUGGCGGUCGCAGUUGACGUCGCUUCGCUGAUGGCCGUGGCUCCUCCGCGGCACUACAGGCCUCCGCAAGCAGUGCUCGUCAAGCAACCACGGCUCAACCAGUGCCCUCAUGCCGCCACCACCACCACCACCAGUGCCACCGCCACGAAGCCUCUUGACAGCCCUGCAGCGGAGCCAGGGGCUCGCGGGGAGGUGCGAGGGCCCACAAACUUUUCAGAGUGCGAGCCCAGCUCCGUCGUGGACGAGGUGUACGUGACGACGCAGCGGGGAGAGAGCGUGGAGAGCGACACAGUGAGCGAGGAGGAGAUGGCCUGGCCCCGUGGCGAUGAAGGGAGCGAAGAGGACAACGAUGAGUUGGCGCUGACGGAGGAGGAGCCGCGAGAUGACUCGCCCGUGGAGCAGCACUUCCGCAACUUGGGCGACGGGCACCAACACGCCACGCCAACCAGGUCUUGCAGGUUCAUCUUGCCGUGUGAUGCCGUGGAGCAGCCUGAGAGGGGUACCCAGGGGCCCUCUGCACGCCACGGGUCUGGGGCCCCUCCUAAACCACCGCGCGCACAGGGGGCUCGGUGCAAAGGCAGAGCGGAGACGGACGCAGGCGGGGAGGCGGGGACCGUCUCCCGACGCGCGCCGAAAUCGGGCAAGGAGGAGAAGCCAGGGGGCUCCGCAACCGCGUCGGUGAACACCAGAGGAGGCGGGGGCACGACAUCGUCCGAGCAGGGCCGCGCAAACUCCGCCCCGUGGGCCUCGGGGACGGGCGAGAAGGGAUCCGGGCCGCCCGCCGGAAGCGUCGGGGAGAGCAGCGCGCGGCGGCGGGAGGUGGGGGAGGAGGAGCCGGAGGUGCGUCAGGAGGCGAGCCCGGAGCUGGACGACAGCUUCGUGACCAAGAGGCGCGGGCGGAACACGCCCGGCGUCGUGGCGCAGGCCGGCGUCUCCAGAGUUGCUGUGCACGAGAGGAAGGGGACGAUGAUCGAUGAGUCCGAAUAUUUCACCCCUGAACUCAACGCGAGGUCACGUCACGCCCAGUUUCUCCAUCGCCUGCAGAUCCCCGUCGCCAGCAUGGAGGAUUUGGCCAGCCCCCAGCUGCGGCGCCAGGGCCUGGUCCGCCCCAUCGCGAAGGGCGCGCAGCGCCGGGACCUUCAACAGGAGCAUGCCAACGGCGCUGCUGCUCUGCACCGCGCAGAAGAGGAGGAUGAGGAGAGCGAGGGGUCAUCGUCGGAUGAGGCCGGGACACCACGACCACCUCUCUCGCCCACCUCAAGGUCGCUGUCUGACACGGGCGAGCUGUCCUGCAUCGUGCAUGACGCCUCGAAGAGCCAGGCCCACAGCCUCUGCUUGUCGUCCGGCGUGCCUAGCCCGUCUUGCCGAGCCACCGAGAGCACCCCCAAGCAGCCCGCCAGCAGCAAAGCAGCGGCGAGCGACCGGGAAGCGCUGGAGGACACGUCGGUGUGGAGGAGCUUCGGCGACGAGCGGCCCGACAGUUUCACCGCGCCGGCCUCCGGGUUCACCGCCUCCACGUGCCAGGCUCCGCCAACCAUGCCCGUCGCGUGCAGCAGCUACAGCAGCGGCGGUGGCGAGGACUGGGACACACCGCGUUCGACUGCCCGGUUGGGGAAGAGCCGGAUGGCGCCUGCAGAAUCGGACAAGAUGGAUGCGGGGGCCACGCUCCUUCCUCCCUCGGAGCCUCGUGCAGGUUCGAGGCUUUCACCGCCGCGGCCCGUGUUGGCGCACGGUGCCGCUCUGGACGAAUCUCACCCCCCAGUCGAACCGAGACCACGAAACGCGACAACUCAUGGAGUCGCCGCCGGGGCCCGCGGCGCGGCCGGGCGUCUGCGCCGGGACCGUCCGGGGGGUAGCCCCUCCCACGCUGCCCCCGCUGCGGACGGGCUUCCCCGCGGGGGCCCACGCGCGUUGCCGGGCAGCGCGAGGCCGGCUGCGGCCCACGGUGGGGGGCGUGAGGCCGAGGGAGAGGCCGAGAUGGAGCAGCAGGCCGAGGGGGGGUACGAGACGGCGCACUGGGCCGAGGGUUCCCCCGACCGCGCACCGGCGCCGUCCUUCAUGUACGACACGUGCAAGGAGACCCCAGGCGAGUUUCUACCCGUCCCCCGCACCCGCUCGACCCCCACGCUCACUCACCCCCGCGCCUGCCCGCCCGCACAAAACGGGACAUCGCGUACCGCUUGA